AUGGCUGCCGGCCUCACCCUACAAACAGCCAUCAAGGGCACACCUGACUCCACGGUCGUGAUCGUACCUGGGAGCCAAGCCUUGACCGUCACCUAUAAGGAUCUUGUCUCCGAGACAGCCUCGUUCCAACAGAAGCUGGCCGCCAUUGGCAUUGCCAAGGGAGCUCCCGUCUCCAUUGCAACCGUCAACUCCUACGAAUUCAUCGUGUCUUUCCUCGCCGCAUCAUGGCAGCGCGCUAUCGCCGCUCCUCUCAACCCAGCCUACAAGCAGGAUGAGUUCGAGUUCUAUAUCGACGAUGUCAAGUCGGCCAUUGUUCUCGUUCCCAAGGGCGCCUAUCAAAACGGCAGCCCAGCCGUGAAGGCCGCCCAGAAGUUCAACUCGGCCAUCGCCGAGUGCUACUGGGACGCCGCCAAGAAGGAGGUUGCUCUCGACGUCAAGGAGCUCGGCCAGCUCAAGGGCAAGUCCAAGCAGCCCAUCCUCAAGCCGGACCCCGAAGACAUCGCCCUGGUCCUUCACACCAGCGGUACCACCUCCCGCCCCAAGGUCGUGCCCCUCUCCCACCGCAACCUCACCCGCACCAUGCACAACAUCCAACAAACCUACCAGCUCACCGCAUCCGACCGCACCAUGCUGGUCAUGCCCCUCUUCCACGUCCACGGCCUCCUCUGCGGCCUCCUCGCGCCGCUCCUCUCGGGCGGAUCCAUGAUCGUGCCCACCAAGUUCUCCGCAUCCGACUUCUGGCGCGACUACACCACCCACGGCGCGAACUGGUACACGGCGGUCCCGACAAUCCACCAGAUCUUCUCAAGAGAACCCGUUCUCUCCUUCUCCCCUUCCCCACCAUCCGGCUUCAUCGCUCUGCUCCUCCCCUUUCUCCCCCACCGUCUUCCACGCCACUCGAAAAAACCUACAACGCUCCCCCCCGGCACCGUCGGCCUCGGCCAAGGCGUAGAAGUCGUCAUCCUCGACGGGGCGGGCGCGGCCGUCCGCCCCGGCGCCGAGGGCGAGAUCUGCAUCCGCGGCGAGAAUGUCACGGGCGGGUACCUCAACAACGCCGAGGCCAACCGCACCUCCUACACGGCCGAGGGCUACUUCCGCACGGGCGACCAGGGCCGCAAGGACCCCGACGGCUACCUCAUCAUCACCGGCCGCAUCAAGGAGCUCAUCAACAAGGGCGGCGAGAAGAUCUCGCCCAUUGAGCUGGAUAAUGUGCUUACCCGCCACCCGGCCGUUUCGGAGGCGGUGAGCUUUGCCAUUCCGGAUGAGAUGUUCGGGCAGGAGAUUGGCGUGGCGGUGGUGCUCAAGCCGGGGGUGAGGCUGGCCGAGGCGGAGUUGAAGGCGUGGGUGGCCGAGAAGCUGGCCAAGUUUAAGGUGCCCAAGAAGGUUUACUUUACUGAUGUCAUGCCCAAGACGGCGACGGGCAAGAUCCAGCGGCGGAUCGUGGCCGAGACGAUGCAGAAGCAGGAGGGGCGGGCGAAGUUGUAG